AUGGCUAUUGACGGCCCAUCCAGCCAGUGCGUCAAGGCCGAAUGGUACGACCUCCUGCACCCGAAUACAGGCCUAGUGACCACGCGAGAGAAACACCUCCACCGAGACCGCCGACGGCGCUGGAACCGGGGAUUCACGCCGAAAGCGCUCGCCCAGUACAAAAGCAAGAUCCUCCCGUCCAUCGAGCAACUCGACGCCUGCAUCAAGAACAACAUCGCCACUGGAAAAGUCUCAGACGUCUCCGAUCUGCUCUUCUGGCUCACAUUCGACCGCAUGGGCGAGUUCGUGCUCGGCAAGAGCUUCGAUAUGCUGCGGAACCAGGAAUGGCAUAGCAUCAUUGUCCUCCUGCAGAAGGCGAUGUCGAUUCUGGGGCCGCUGGGUCCGACGCCGUGGGUUGUGCAGAUUGCGUUUCGACUUAUGCCGCGUGUGGGGGUGUUGCGAGACUGGUUUACGAUGGUUGCGUGGUGUGAGGAGCAGGUGAGGACGCUUAAGAUACAGCCUCAGACACCCGAGGAUAAGCCAUCCGAGCCCGCAGUCCUAGCCCACUACCUCAACCUCAACCUCCCCGACUCCCGCACCACUGCAGGCAAACCCACCAACGCAGCCCUAACAGGCGACAGCAUCUCCGCCAUCGUCGCCGGCAGCGAGCCCACAGCCUCGGCACUGAUCGCCCUCCUCUACUCGCUGGCCAAGAACCCAGCACACGCCGAAACCAUCCGGCGCGAACUCCAACAAAACACCGUCGAUAUCCGCGACAGCAAUAGCCUGGCGCGGCACUGCCCGCACCUCGAGGCGUGCAUCUUUGAGGCUCUACGCCUUUACCCGUCCAUUCCGUCCGGCGGGUAUAGAAAGACGAGCGCGAGCGAGGGGAUUACCGUGGGCGGGACGUAUAUCCCGCCUGAGACGACGGUUGUUGCGCCGCGGUUUGUGAUUGCGCGUCGCGAGGACUGUUUCCAGCACGCAGAGCGCUUCAUACCAGAGCGGUGGACGACGCGGCCGGACUUGGUGCGCAAUCGGGCGGCUUUUGCGCCUUUUGGGACUGGCUCCAAAAGCUGUAUCGGACGAGCGCUUGCCAUGAACGACCUGAUGCUGGUUACGGCGCACAUUGUCCACCACUACGAGAUGCGGUUUCCGGCUGGGGAGACGGGGGACGAGGUGGGUCGGGACUGGGUUGAUAAUUUUACGUCGACGUUGGGGCGGUUGAGGUUGGUGUUUGAGGAGCGGGAGGUGUGA